AUGAGAUUUCCGAGCAUCGCCGCGGCGGUCCUUGUCCUGGCUCACCUGGGAUUGGCUAUUCCUCUCAAUGAAGAAGUACCCGCCCUUAAGUCCUUGUCAGGAGACCUAAUCCAGCCCCGCACUGUGGAUGUCGGCACUGUGAAUCGACAAACCGAUAACUCAAUGCAAGAUUUCGUUGUUCGGGGUCUAAAUGCUGCCGAAAAUGCAUUGGCCAUCUUGGAAGGCCGUACUACAGCAACCUGCUGGGACAACAAAGCACUUCAUUGGGUAGCGGAACGUGCUGCGAGGCACACCACCUACUUUGCAUUGAGAACUUAUUUGGUAGUCGGAACGGCAUCAACUCAAACUCUCUGCGCGGCUCUUGAUGGUGGUGUUGCCUGCCAUGCAAUUGCCGGUGUUAUAGCUUCUGCACUUGGAGCGGUCUUGUUCGUGGACUCAAAGGGAGCCGUUUCAGCCAUCGGAGUGAACCCCUCCAAUGGCGAUAUUGAAAUGGGACCCACGAGACGAAGUCUGCCUAGCCCCGAAUAUCACGAGAAUCUUGUUCGAGGUCUCUCUAAUGCAGGCCUCAACUACGACAACUUGGAACACGUUGAUAUUCCAUCGUUGAACCAUCAGAAGCGAUCUUAUGAUGCACCAGAUCUCAUACACCGUACAAUGAUUCGAGGUAUUGCAGUUGGCGAUGUUACGCAUGACUUUGCCCUCAAUCAUUACAGCAAUGGCCACUCGUCCAUUGAUCUCGGAGCACCCAAUGAAACCCUGCAUUCCGACCCUACGUCCAAGCGGGCUAAGCGCAAUACUUUCGGCCACAAGGGGUUUAAGAUAUCGUACACACGCAAGCGAAGCCCCAGUAUCACCAAAGACGAAUCCAACUACAUUACUGGGCAGAUUGCGAAGGACUUCAGCGAACAGAGUUUCAGUCAAACCGGCUGGCAAAGCUACAUCGGACUUGUGAAGCAGUCAGAUAAUAAGGCGGAUGUUUAUUUCAAGAUUUCAGCCCAGAAUGCAGGAUUUAGCCUGGAUUAUGAUGAUGUCAAUGAGUGUGGACAGCUGGCCUGGGCUUUGACCGCUUAA